AUGUUAGCAAUUAUUAUUUCUGAAGCUUUAUUAUUUAUAACUUAUUUUUGGGGAAUAUUACAUUUUUGUUUAUCCCCUUAUCCAUUAUAUAAUGAAGGAAUUAUAAUUACAUCAUCUAGAAUGUUAAUAUUAACAAUUACAUUUAUAUUAGCUAGUGCAUCAUGUAUGACAGCAUGUUUACAAUUCCUUAUAGAAAAAGGUAUGAGUUUUGAAAUAUCUAGUAUUGUUUGUAUUAUUUACUUACUUGGUGAAUGCUUUGCAUCAUUACAAACUACUGAAUACUUACAUUUAAGUUAUUAUAUAAAUGACGCUGUAUUAGGAACUUUAUUUUAUUGUGUAACUGGUUUACACUUUACACAUGUAAUAGUUGGUUUAAUAUUAUUACUAAUAUACUUUAUAAGAAUAGUAGAUCAAUAUGAUGUAAAUACAGAAUGGUCUUACUCAUAUAUAGGAAUAUCUUAUGUUAUUUUAACUCAUACAGAUCAAAUGACUCUUUUAUAUUGGCAUUUUGUCGAAAUUGUAUGGUUAUUUAUAGAGUUCUUCUUUUAUUCAGAAUAG